CACCGGGGGCGGGCGCGGCCAGAACUCGGCCGACGAUUCCCUGGGCCAUUCCGCAUUCUCGGUGCAUCUUGUCGGAAAGGUGUAUUCCCGCCCGACGCGACGGUUACCGACGAAAAGUGUGCCAUCUAAAUUCGGAGAAGCCCUCGAGAGGCUCGAGCAUCGAAGCCUGUGACUGCGGCUCGCCUACCAGUAAGUUCAAAUGUACCACCGACUAACUGCAGGCCCUGCCAGGAAAAUGACAUGGCAACUGUUACAGCUAGCAGCCCUUCGCGGCAGCGCACCCGUGUUCAUCGGUCCGUGUUCGUCGGUCGCCUAUACUGUCCAGCCGCACCUCCUCCACCCAAUGCGCCUCCCGCGCGUAUCGCAUGGUCAAUACGCGACAACGCACUCGGCGUGGCUUAGUAUCGGCGAAUUAGCGCAGUCGACGAUAAGGGCGCAUUGUCGUAUGUAUCCGCUCACCGGAGCCAGAUAAACGGCCAGCGCUGCUGAACGUGUUCUUGACAUGUUCGCCAAGGUGUUCGCACCUUCCUUCAGCCCAUUCAAUGAGGCCGCUGCCGCUGAUGAUGCCGCACCUGCGGCGGAACGGUCAAAAGUGCCAUCGCACGAAUUCAAGCCGGUGGAUACUCG